AUUUGCCAUUUGCACACAAAGAGGAGACGACCGACUAACUACAGGCAUAGCUCGACUCGGUGUAACUUAACUUUUAAAUUCGCAUUAUAUAUCGCGUGUGUGUACCAAGAAACGAUGUCCGAACAAGAAGCCGUCGCCAACAACGCCGUAGAAGAACCAAAAACUGAAAAAGCCGAAAAUGCGGUUGAAGAAACAAAAGAGGUAAAGGAGAAUGGGACCGGGGAAGUAGAACCUGUUGCCGAGACUGAAAAAGAGGCCCCCAAGGAGAUGCGAGCCGUGGUUUUAACUGGAUUCGGUGGAUUGAAGUCUGUGAAGAUUCUUAAGAAACCCGAGCCUUCUGUGAAUGAGGGAGAAGUUCUGAUUCGAGUGAAAGCAUGCGGUUUGAAUUUCCAAGAUUUAAUGGUACGCCAAGGAGCCAUCGAUUCUCCUCCCAAAUGUCCUUUUAUUUUAGGCUUCGAAUGUGCAGGUGAAAUUGAACAAGUUGGUGAAGGAGUGGAAGAUUUUGCUAUUGGUGAUCAAGUUGUUGCUUUACCGGAAUACAGGGCAUGGGCCGAAUUAGUAUCGGUUCCCGCAAAAUAUGUGUACAAACUACCUAAGGAUGUGUCCCACUUGGAUGCUGUUACCAUUACAAUGAAUUAUACGGUGGCCUAUAUUUUAUUGUUCGAGCUUUCUGGUUUAACUCAGGGAAAAUCCAUCCUAGUUCACUCUGUAGGAGGUGGAGUGGGUCAAGCGAUCGUACAACUAGCCAAGACCGUCCCAGAUGUUACUAUUUUCGGUGUUUGUUCUAAAGGCAAACACGAAGCAUUGAAAACUGCCGAAUCACCCAUCGACCACUUAUUAGAAAGGGGAUCUGAUUAUGCUAGUGAAAUUAGAAAAGUUUCCCCUGACGGUGUAGAUAUUGUUUUAGAUUGCCUUUGUGGCGAGGAAUGCAACAAGGGUUACACUUUGCUCAAACCAAUGGGCAGAUAUAUUCUGUAUGGCUCAUCCAACGUCGUUACCGGGGAAACCAAAAGUUUCUUCAGUGCUGCAAGAUCGUGGUGGCAAGUUGACAAGAUAUCUCCUUUAAAACUCUUUGACGAAAACCGCACUCUCUCCGGUUUUAACCUAAGACGUUUAAUGUAUCAACAACAUGGUGACGAGUAUGUCAAGCAGACUGUUCAAAAAGUAUUUUCUUUAUUCCAAGAGAAGAAGAUUAAACCUUUAUUAGAUUCAACAUGGGCUCUCGAAGACGUUGCUGAAGCGAUGCAGAAAAUGCAUGACCGUAAGAACGUAGGCAAAGUUAUUUUGGAUCCUAGUCUAGAACCGAAACCGAAACCGGCUACUCCAGCUAAGGGUAAAAAUAAGGAGGAUAAGAAGAAGCAAUCUUCCGAAGAAAAGAAAGAGCCAGAAGAGAAGAAAGAGGAAAAUGCGAAGGAGGAGAAAAAGGAGGAACCUGUUGUCAAUGGUGAUUCGGCUGGCGAUUCACCAGAUUCUAAAAAGGAGGCUUCAAGUUGAAUUCCCAUAUGAUAUACAUCGGAGCUAUCUUCAAAAAAUAAAUAUAUGCUUACACUUUUUAACAUUUUAUCUAUAGUUUUAAUUUUUUUAUUCUAGAAACAUUGAUGCGGCGGACAAACAACAGAUCUCAAUAUGUUGCAAAAGCGGUUUUGAACUAUAUACCUAUUCUAAGCGCAAACUGUGUUAUUUUUUUCUAAGAAUCAAGUCUGAGACCAAUGAAAUAUCAAUUAUUUUUAUAAAUUAUUUUCACACGUCAAUGGUGCUCAUUUUUCCAGUAGAUUUGAGAAAUCUUUUUGAUCCAGCUUUUUAAAGACACAUAUCUGUGUACCAGACCAAAAUGUAGCGAUUUUGUAAGAAUUUAUUUUUUCAAUUUAAUUCAUCUAUCUCGUAUAAUAAUCCAAGAGAAACAAAGGACAAAUAAAAUGUAAAAAGUAGCUUUGUCCGGUAUUUUUGCUAUAAAGCUGUUAUUAACGUUUUCUAUGCAUAUCAAACGCAAAAAAUGAGUAAAGGUUUCGAGUAUAUUAUAUUGUUUAAUUUGUAAAUUUUAGUAGUGAAGCAGUUGCUUAUGAGAUUAUUUUUUAAAUAUUAAUUGUCCAAAUGUAUUUUUUUUAUAAAUGUGUUUUUAAGAAUGUUUUUAUAUUAUUAUGUUAAGAUUCAUUGGAAAAAAUCCAGAUUAGCUUGUUAUUGAUCUGAAUUUUCGCCGAAUAAAUAAUUAUAAACUUACCAUUUAAACUAAAAGUGUGUUAAUAUGCUAAAAUGCUUAAAUAUUUAUGUAAAUGUAAGACUGAUGUGUUAUCGCUAAAGCUAUUGUUUAGAUGGCCGUAAAAUAAAUUGUAUAAAUGCU